GUUACAUUGAAGUUUCAGCAUUUGGUUGUUGAGGCAAUAUUACCAUGCAGUAUCUGAUAAAUAUUUAGGCUAAACGGGUAUUUAAAAGCAUCACUAGGGAAAUGUUUUGAAACUUCUGCUUCUGUUAAUAUUACCUCAUUUGAGAGAACAUUCAACUUCCACAUAUUUAAGACAUCACAGAAGAUAGCGAGAAUCUUCGAAUAUUCUCUUUUACCUUGACAGGCUACGAAGAUUUUUGCAAGAAAAGACAAAAAAGAGUGAAAAUCAUGGUGUCAGAAAUGCUUGGAAACAACACCACAAGCAAGCUGGAAGAUUACAGAAUUGCUCUUCGGGUCUUCUACAUAUUUAUCUUUGUUGGUGGGACUCUGAAUGUUAUACUAAUGUCCUGUCAGCUACAAUCAGAAAGACGUCUCUCUUUCACCAAAGUGUCUGUUAUCAACUUAAUAGUAGUCCACUCUGUUUUCCUUGUCACAGUGCCCUUUCGUAUUUACUACUAUUAUGAAGAAUCUUCCAGCUGGAAGCUGGGCACGUAUUUGUGCAAAAUUGUCAGUGUUAUGAUCCAUGCACACAUGUACCUUGCAUUCAUCUUUUAUGUCUUCUUUCUUAUUGUGCGUUAUAUAGAGCAUUAUAUAUUCAAAAAGCAACACAGGCUUGAGUUCCAUCGUUUGCUUCACGCCACAAUUGCAAGCACAACUGUCUGGGUUGCCAUUUUCGGCUUUAUGCUCCCUCCAACUUUGAUUAACUAUGGAUCCAUGCAGAACGAUUCUACCCAGUGCUUUCAUUUUGGUGUGGCUCUCAAAAAUCCUGCCGUGAAAAACUUAAACUAUGUUAUUUCCAUACUAGUGAUGCUCAUCUGGAGUGUUCUAUUGUUUUUCCAGAUUUAUUUUCUACUCUUAGUGAGUAAGAAAGUUGGAAAGGGCAAAUGUCAACAUCAAGAUUUCAGGGCACAAUUGAAAAACCUUGUUAUCCUUUUGGUCGUAUUUUUGUGUUUUUUGCCCUACCAAGCAUUCAGAAUACACUAUGUGUCCCUCAUGUACACUGGUAAAUAUGAUGAGGAUUCUAGGCUUAUAUAUGGAAAUGAAAUCUUUCUUGCUGUGACUGGUCUCAGCUGCUUUGAUAUGAUUUUUUUUUCUUUUGGGUAUAUAAAGAAACUAAUUAAUUCAAGGGGAUGUAUGUGCCUUUCAUGAGAACAAUGUUGACUUUGAUUGCAUAUAUAUUUUGUUAUUAAUAUAUUGCUAUAACUGAUUUCCAUUUUGUUUUGUUCAUUUUUUAUGCUUUUAAUGUAUAGUUGUCUCACGUGACAGAAUUGGUGAGCAAGGAAGUUUUCCUUAUUUAGUGACCUUGGAAUGUUUUGUACAUAAUAAGUCUUUCUUAUUAUAAGUUUUUCUUUUCAGCUUUCAAGGAAAAACUUUCCAUUUUUCUUUACAACUUAAAGGCAUUAAAGUGAG